CACGGGGGGACAGGGAGACACGGGGGGACAGGGGGGCACGGGGGGACAGGGGGACUCUGCUACCCGAGACAGAGCGAACAAGAUGAAGAGGCGGCAGCGGCGUUUUGAGGGUCUCGAGGCUGCGUCGGCGGAGCUGCCAGGUCGCAGUCGGGAGUUCAAACCCCUGCCGGAAUCGGAGCGAUACGAAGUGAACACCAAACCUGGAGACAAGAAAGACACUUCCAUCCCACUGCCCCGGAGUUUCAGCCCUCGCUUCGUCGAGGCCGCGUGGGGGCCCUGGUGGGAGAAGCAGGGCUUCUUCUCUCCCGAGUACCACGAUCGUCUCCCCCACCGUGUCUCCACUCACUUCUCCCUGUGUCUCCCUCCACCCAACGUCACGGGGACUCUGCACCUCGGACACGCUCUCACCGCUGCCUUGCAAGAUGCGUUAGCUCGCUGGCAUCGCAUGCAGGGACACAGGGUGGUGUGGGUGCCUAGCAGGGACCACGCGGGCAUCGCCACGCAGGUGGUGGUUGAACGUCACCUGGCGAAGGAGCGGGGUCUGAAUCGUCACCAGCUGGGCCGUGACGAGUUCCUCAGGGAGACCCGUCACUGGGCGGACACGAAGGGGGUGCAGAUUUACUCCCAGCUGCGGAGUCUCGGAGCCUCGCUGGACUGGAGCAGGGACAGGUUCACCAUGGACGAGGGGUUCUCGCGAGCGGUGAGGGAGGCGUUUGUGCGUCUGCACGAGGCCGGGCUGCUCCAGCGAGGGGAGCGGCUCGUCAACUGGAGUUGUCAGCUCCGCUCGGCCAUCUCGGACGAGGAGGUGGACACGGUGCGAUUGUCUGGCCCCACCCUCCGGCGUGUCCCCGGCUACGAGCAGGAAGUGGAGUUUGGUGUCAUGCAGAUUGUAGCCUACCGCUUGGUGAGACAGCACGCCGCUGUGCCGGGGCCGGACGAGCUGCUCGUCGGCACGACGCGCGUGGAGACGAUGCCGGGAGACGUCGCCCUCGCAGUCCACCCCGACGACGCCCGCUACCAGCACUUGGUGGGUAGCAGCGUGCUGCACCCGCUGGAUGGCCGCCUGCUGCCGGUCAUCGCCGAUGGCAGCGUGGACCCGGAGCUAGGAACAGGAGUGGUGAAGGUGAGCCCUGCCCAUGACGAGGUUGACCGCUCCAUCGCCGCCCGUCACGGCCUCCCCUCCAUCAGCGUCAUGGACGGGGACGGCCGCAUGGGGGCACAGGCUGGGCCUGGACUGGAGGGCCUGCCACGGUUCUGUGCGCGUGCCGAGGUUCUGCAGAGACUUGGUGAUGCCCGGCUGCUACGCCGGAGCGAGCCGCACGGCACGCUGCUGUCCAUCUGCAGUCGAUCAGGAGACGUGGUGGAGCCCAUGCUCAAGUCCCAGUGGUUCGUGCGCUGCCAGGACAUGGGGCAGCGUGCAGCACAGGCUGUGCAGGAUGGUCGGCUGGAGUUGAUUCCUCCAUCGCUACACAAGUCAUGGACAUCCUGGCUGUCCAAUGUCAAGGACUGGUGCGUGUCACGGCAGAUCUGGUGGGGUCAUCGCGUGCCAGCGUACCGCGUCCUGCCCACCACCACCACCGCCACCACCGCCACCACCACCACCACCACCGCCAAAGAGGAGCUGUGGGUGUGCGCUCGCGACGAGUCGGAGGCCAAGCUGAAGGCACAGUCCCAGCUGGGGCUGCAGCCAGACUCCUUCACUCUGCAGCAGGACGAGGACGUGCUGGACACGUGGUUCUCUUCGGCUCUGCUGCCUUUCGCUGUGCUGGGCUGGCCGGACCAGACGCCUGACGUGGCGAGCUUCUACCCCAACUCGCUGCUGGAGACCGGCCAGGACCUCCUCUUCUUUUGGGCCGCCCGGAUGGCCAUGCUGGGGCAACAGCUCACGGGACAGCUGCCCUUCCCGCAGAUGUAUUUCCACGCCAUGGUGCGCGACGCCCGCGGGAGGAAGAUGAGCAAAUCCCUGGGCAACGUCAUCGAUCCCAUGGACGUCAUCAACGGAGCGUCUCUACCCGACCUGCAGAGGAAACUCCGUGCGGGAAACUUAGACCCCAGGGAGUUGAAAACAGCGGAGGAGGGGCAGAGGAAGGAGUUUCCGUCCGGGAUCCCAGAGAGUGGAGCAGACGGACUGCGCCUGGCACUCUACUCACUCCGUACCACCGGCGACGAGGUGAGUGUGGACGUGGCGACUGUCCUGAGCUGGCGACACUUCUGCAACAAGGUGUGGAACGCCUUCCACUUCACCCAGAGAGCCCUGGGGCGAGACUACUCACCAGCGCCACUCACCGGGGUGGUGGUGGAGGGUGCCGGCAUGCCAGCGUGGCUGCUGUCCCGCGUGGCCGUGGCCGUGAGGGCCUCCAACGAGGCCCUGCGUGGCCUCUCCUUCCCGGCGGCCUCCAGCGCCGUGCACGCCCUGUGGCUGCACGACCUCUGUGACGUCUACCUGGAGUCUGUGAAGCCGGUGUUGGCUGCCGCUGCCGCUGCUACCGGCGGCGGCGGUUCGGGCGCGGAGGAGGCGGCGGAGGCGGCGGAGGCGGAGGCGAGGGUGGCGCUGGGCGCCCUCCACGCCGCCGUCGAGGUCGGGCUGCGGCUGCUGGCGCCGCUGGCGCCCUUCGUGGCCGAGGAGCUGUGGCAGCGGCACCCCCGCGCCGUGACGGACGCAGCGCCCAGCGUCUGCGUCGCGGCCUUCCCCGACGACGAGCUCGUGGCUGGCUGGCUGUCUCCCGCUGUGGAGGAGGACGUGGAGCUGAUGAUGGAGGUGGUGAGGACGGUGCGGACGCUCCGGGCUCAGUACGGCUUCACCAGGGAGCGACCCCCACUGAUGUUGGAGGCAGGAAGUGAGCGGGCCUCCCGCGUGCUCUCCGCCCUCGCCGUGCCGCUCUGCGCCCUCUGCCGCUGCCGUGAGCUGCGCCCCCUGGCGGCCGCCGGCCCGCUGGCGGCCGCCGGCCCGCCGGGCCACUGCGUCGGCGCCGUGGCGGCCGGGGGGGUCGCCGCCGUGUACCUGCCGCUGCAGGGCGUGGUGGACUCCGAGCGGGAGGUGCGCCGUCUGAGUGCCACCAGGGAGCGAGUGUUGUUCCGGCUGAGUGCUGCUCGUAGGCGGGACGGUGAGGAGGGCUACCGGCGGGACACGCCGGAGACCACGCGGCAGGAGCACCGCGCGCAGAUGGAGGCUCUGGAGAAGGAGGUGUCCGGGCUGGACAGGAUGCUGGAGCGUCUCGGGGACGCGGCCACACCACCAGGGGCCUGAUGCCCGCAACGAGACGGAAAGGGGGCGAACCUCCUCCCCCCUCCUCCCCCCCCCCCACCAUCGUAGCCUCUAGCAGAAUGACUCUGUGGGUUUUUUCGGUCAAGUCACCUAGGCAGAAACAAUAGUAGAUCAUCACGGACGUCUCGAUGGCCGCGCAAGCGAUCGUCUGAAGACGGGUUUGCUUGUCGUGCGGCGAUCUAAACGUCGUGAUUCUAGCUUCGCGACUUCACCGAAAGAAUCAAUGUGUAUGCAUUCGUGCAGACUGUAGGGGCAAGUGCCGUUAGCGAGCAGCAUCU